GUUGUGUCGAUUGAGAGUGGUGUACCCACGGAACCUGCUCGUACACAGCCGGCAGCUCCCACCGAGCAGUCUUCUACUGCGCCAUCUACCACGCCUGCGAAGAUAGCUUCGAAGUUCACGGUCUCUGCUGUCACGGAAGCCAGUAGUCCCGCCGUUUUGAUUGUUAACUCUUCGCAACUUGAGACUGACUCUCCGGCACGCUGUCCUCCACCUCCCUGCACCCCUUCCGCUUCUAUUCGAUCGGAAUCUCCGGGCCCUCAGCACGAGGCGACUCAACAUGUGAGUCGCUUGGCCUGUUGGGAUGCUGCGGACAUGUCCUUCAGUGCCUUCGAUGGUUCCGGAAAGGAGCGUAACAGAGGUAGGACGAGACGCUUAACUUCUACCCUCUCCGUCUCCAUUCACGUGCAGGACAGGAAUGACAAUGCUCCCACGUUCACGCAGCCAGUUUUUUCUGCGGAGUUGGAGGAGAACAAUGCAUUAAGGGAAAAAAUCAUCCAAUUAAGCUGUAAUGUUAAAGAUAAGAAGGUGCCCUAUCGAGAUAAGUCAAUUCGAACUUUACGUAUGUCUUUGGACCAAAUUGCUCUUAUGGUCUCUAUUUUACCCCAGGUCACUUCAAAAGACUAUGAUACGGAGGAAAAUGCGGUCACUCGUUACAAGAUAAUUGGUAAUAACGAGGACGCCUCGCUAUUUUACUUGGACGAGGAGACGGGUUGGCUUUAUGCUAUUGCUCGCUUUGACAGGGAAUCACGGGACCACUACAGCGUGAGUACCACCCAAAUUUAA